UAUACUUGCUAUAGUCGGGGGAGGCCCUGAUCCUCAGUACCCUCUCAACAAGGUGAUGAUUUGGGACGAUCAUCAGAGUCGGUGCAUCGGCGAAUUGUCGUUCCGAGCGGAGGUUCGCGGUGUUCGGCUCCGGCGUGACCGAAUUGCGGUUGUGCUGGAGCAGAAGAUCUUCGUUUACAAUUUUUCGGAUUUGAAGCUUUUGCACCAGAUUGAGACGAUUGCGAAUCCGAAGGGGCUUUGUGCGGUUUCGCAGGCCGGUGGAUCGCUUGUGUUGGUUUGUCCGGGGUUGCAGAAGGGGCAAGUUAGGGUUGAGCAUUACGCGUCGAAGCGGACCAAGUUUAUCAUGGCUCACGAUUCGAGGAUUGCUUGCUUUGCACUCACACCGGACGGUCAUUUGCUUGCGACUUGCAGCACUAAGGGGACUCUUGUGAGGAUUUUCAAUACGUUUGAUGGUUCGCUGCUGCAAGAGGUUAGGAGGGGUGCAGAUAGAGCAGAAAUAUAUAGUCUGGCAUUCUCUUCAACUGCCCAGUGGCUGGCAGUCUCAAGCGACAAGGGCACUGUCCAUGUUUUUGGUCUAAAGGCUAAUUUGGGAAACCUGGGAAGUGACAAGUCACAUGGUGCAUCUGAUCCCAAUCAUGCUGUUUCAUCACCCACUUCAUCACUCUCCUUUAUAAAAGGAGUAUUGCCCAAGUAUUUCAGCUCAGAGUGGUCUGUUGCUCAGUUUCGUUUGCUUGAAGGUUCUCAAUACAUUGUUGCAUUUGGUCACCAAAAGAAUACUGUUGUAAUUCUUGGCUUAGAUGGAAGCUUCUAUCGUUGCCAGUUUGAUCCAGUGAGUGGUGGAGAGAUGACUCAGUUGGAAUAUCACAACUUCCUAAAGCCUGAAGAAGCUUUUUAGGAGAGGGUUUGGAUACCCUAACUUCUUCAUUGUUGUAUACAAUACUGUUCCCCUUUGUGUGUAUCAUUUGGUUCUCUUCCAAAUAGGAGGAGAAUAUUAUGUUGUAAAUAUGAUUAUUUGUUACUCACAUUUGACAAUUUGCAACUGUUUUAACCACCAAAAAGUGUAACAAAACAUAUUCACAUCUGUAAAUAUUCAAGUAUCUCGUAAUUAUAUUUAUGUCAAGCUUUCUA